GGGGCUUGGGUUUGCGUGCUCUUUAGUUUGCCUUCUCUGAACAAGCAAACACACCAUUUAAUUGGCAGCUGUGGGGAGAGCUUAAGAGCAGCAAGAAAAUACAUGCUUAGGAAUUUUAUUCUUUGGCUUGCUUUCUACCCUGUGGGGUCAGAACUUACUCAACAGCACAAAGGCAAGAAAAAUGCUAGCAUAGUGCUAACACAACGAAGUCUGUUCCCACGUAAAUCGGAACGUAAUUUGAAACGGAUUUUUUUGAAGUAACUUUCUACAGCACCACAGGAAGUAUCAACCUCUACGGAAAUAUGUGAAGAAGUUAAGCUUAAUUACACCUUCAUUGUGGAUAAGGAGAUGCUCCCUGUCACCCAGAACUACUAUGGCAUUUGGAAGAAAAUAAUUAUUUGCCAGUGACCAGCAGAAUGGUAUCUUCUCUGUUUAAUACUGAAAUUCAGCUGUGAAGUUUCAAAGUCAAGCUGGACCCAUAUGAAAUCACUCAAGGACUGGUUUUACGCACCAUCUGAGGAUUUCACGGCGACUACAACCAAAUACAAGGUACGGCUUGACUGAAGCGGCAGCUAGUUUUAGCAGUUCAUUGCAUCGCAAUGCUAAGCUCUAACUGUUCUGCUGAAGACUCCUUCAAGUAUACUUUGUACGGAUGCAUGUUUAGUAUGGUAUUUGUUCUUGGUUUAAUAUCCAACUGCGUUGCUAUAUACAUUUUCACCUGCGUAUUAAAAGUACGAAAUGAAACCACCACUUAUAUGCUUAACUUAGCAAUAUCAGACCUACUUUUCGUUUUCACCUUGCCCUUCAGGAUUUAUUACUUUGCAUCCAAAGACUGGCCAUUUGGAGACAUACUCUGCCGGAUUUCGGUCACACUCUUCUAUAUAAACAUGUAUGGAAGCAUUUUCUUUUUGACUGGCAUAAGCAUGGACCGUUUUCUAGCUAUCGUACACCCCUUUCGAUCUAAGGCUAUUCGAACAAGAAGAAACGCCAGGAUCAUCUGUGCUGCUGUCUGGAUAAUUGUGAUAGGAGGGAGCAUCCCAGCAAGCUUUUUCCAGUCCACCAAUGUUCAGGUCAGCAUGGAAGGACUCCCCCAAAAGACAUGUUUUGAAAACUUUCCUGAAAAAAUUUGGAAAACCUAUCUUUCAAGGAUUAUAAUUUUCAUUGAAAUUGUAGGAUUUUUAAUUCCGCUGAUAUUGAAUGUUACUUGCUCCACAAUGGUUUUAAGAACUUUAAAUAAGCCAGUUACACUAAGUCGGAAUAAAUUAAGCAAAAAGAAAGUCCUUAAAAUGAUUUUUGUUCAUUUGCUGAUUUUCUGUUUCUGUUUUGUGCCAUAUAACAUCACCCUAAUACUCUAUUCCCUGAUCAGAACACAAACGUGGAUUAACUGUUCAGUAGUUGCUGCUGUCAGGACUAUGUAUCCAAUCACUCUAUGUAUUGCAGUUUCAAACUGUUGCUUUGACCCCAUAGUUUAUUAUUUCACUUCAGAGACUAUUCAAAAUUCAAUAAAAAUGAAGAGCUGGUCAAAUAGAAGAUAUGAUAAUAGAUUCACUGAAACUAAGGGUUCUGACAAAUUCGUUCAACAUGGCCUCCAAACCAUAAAAACAAGAAUAUUUGACAGUGAAUCUGCAAUAUGAAUGGACACGAGAGAAUGGGAGAGACAGAAUGAACCUUUAAAAAAAAAUCUGUGGGUUUUUUGUUUCUUUGUAUAAGGAGUUGCUUGUAUGCUUGUAAAUAUAACGAUGAAAAUUAUAUUGAUUAAAGCAAUUAUUUAAAACUAGCCUCUCACAAUUUAUAAAUUAUGUUCUGAUGAGAAAAAGCUUCACAUAUUAUCCCUAUCGGAAUAACAAACAUGAAAAGUGAUUCUCACCCACCUUGCAUUAUUUUUUCUAUUUUGUACAUAACAUUGGCUGCACUGCAAGUUUAAAACCUAAAUUGGCAAGAUUAUCAAUCCCAUUUAUUUUCAAUGUUCUUGUAGCAAAUUUGUGUACACCAGAGGCUCAAAGAAUCUUGUGAAGAUUAAUACCUACAAUACUCCUACCUAUUGUAAGAUCCCACCCCCCAGACAAAAAAAGACUGAUCCUUGUGACGGGAAUGGCCUGAUCACAAGCAAUCUAAUGCUAAAUUAAUUAUCCAGGUUAGUCUUCACUUCUUUCCAAAUGACAUUUACAUAAUUACACUUUGAGUGUACAGAUUAAUGUUGCUUGAAAUUUUUGCCAUAAAUCCUGCCUUGCAUUAUGCAGUCAGAGAGGGGAAAAUGUAGAUAAUUUAGCCCUGUGAGAGUGAUUCUAUGAAUUCAUCCGUGUAAUGUAAAUAGUUUACUGUUUACAUUGUGUACUUCCAUUGAGAAAGCUCUGUUAAUUGGCCUAAACAGAAAACAGUGCACUGGGUACAAUAACUGCUUGUAAACGUUUUUAGAGCGAAGCUGAGAAAUAUAAGUAUUUCAGAACGUAUACUACACACACAUAGCCUGCUAUUACAAUGAUUACAAUUAGCUCAGUGAAGUUUGGUUUUGCCAGCCACCAUCUGAUACUUUACAGGCAAGGCCAGAAUUGCAAAGGCAGCUAGAAAUUGCACCUUCUUCCCCUCCAGCCUUUACCCUCAGAUAGGACAACUGGGGAAGAGUCUGGCAAUGCCUUCUGGAGGUGUGCAGAGUACUGUACACUAAAUCAGUGGCUAUUAGCACAUGCUUCCUUUUAGAUCUUCCCUUGUUGGAGAAAAGCAAAUACAUUUCCUUCUCUUGAGUUAGUAGCUAAUGCAGGUCUUGUUUUAAACCACAUGAGGACACAGCUUGUUUACAACUCCAUCCCUAAAUGCUGAGCCAUUUUGUUGUUCUUUUCAGACAAAAUGACUGCUAUUCCUCUCCACUCAUUCUGUAAAUAGUUCCUGAGUGAAAAAAUACUCUGAACUCUAGAAAUUUUAAGUGAUUAUUCCAAUCUCAUUCACUCAAGCUGCAAGGUUUGGUAACAUCUCUCAGGAAGGAGUGUAUGGGGGAAAUGAUCAAAUGACGCUUCCCAUAGGUGCCCAGCGCCCAAAAGAACAGUAUUUGUUCUCCUGCCUAGCCUUUCCCUCCUGCGCAAAAAGUUGUUGACAUUUGAUUAUAAUGUACGUUACUAGUGGCCUCCACAGUCUGAAUCAUAUACCACUAACACACACAUUUUAAUACCGGCUUCUAUUUCAGGGCCUCAGUUUUAUUUUCCCUUUGCAAGCUAUGUUAUGAUCAAGAAUAUUUAUCAAAAGAUACCAAGACUGAAGUUAUGAGAAUUUUACUGCAACAUGCUCAUCUACCAAACCACCAUGAUUUUUUAACCAUGGCUAAUUUAAUAGCCUCAUAUGAACUUCCCAGAACAUGUCCAUUUGCAAGAAGCUCCAUUCUUAAUGGCAUGCCCCUUUAAGGACGAGAUAGAGGGCCUCACCAGCACAGCCAGUUACGCAACCCCAAGUUUAAAAAAGAAAGAAAGAAACUAAUACUUUUUCAUAUCCCAAGGACAGUUGGGGGUGGUGGGGGGUGGUAUGUAAUCCAAGAGUGGCUGAACGAGGGCAGUGAAAAACAAUGUAAGGCCAAAUUCAUUCCCAGCCGUGAUGCUCCCAGGGAAGCCUCGUGCAAAGAACUUGUUUUUAGCUUAAUGACCUCACAGGUUUGUUGUAGAAAAAAUAGUAAUAGAAAAGAUCGAAGAAACAGUCAGUAAAGGAGAAAGCAAGUGAAAGUUAGAUGUGAGGUAUCUCAGCUGUGCCACAUCUGCCAUGUGGAGAAGGAAGGAUACAACCAAGGUUAGCUGUAAUGUCUACAAAGGAAGAGAGAAAGAGUGUGUUUUUAUGCCUGCAACUAUGAAGUGUAAGAUGGAAAAGCCUGACAUCUACUGGGCAGAAUAAUUUUGCAGUCAAGAGAAGCCAACUUAAACAAUACAGUAUAGGUAACAUUCUACAGAACAGGUUUUGUUUCUAUUGGGGGGAGGGGGGAUGAAGAUGAUCCUGUAAGCAACUGUUGAUAACUCAAUGUUCCACAAUGUUGGAUAAAUGUGGACUGAUACCUGACAGAAACAGAACUGUAGGGUUGGAAAUAUCAUUGGAGACAGAGGAGAACACUGACUUGUAACUUUCUCCAAAAAACGGAUCAAAAAUAAUUCCAUUUGUCUUUACUUAAGAUUUAGGAAGUUGGUAUAAAAUUCUAAUCCGUUUUAUAAGUUCUUGAGGAAAUCCAAACGUUUCCAAAGUAACAAACAUAAACUGCCAAUAUAUUUUGUCAAAUGCUUUGAUAGCACCCAAAGAAGUUAAGUGCAGCCAGACCCAUUCAAAGACUACCCUAUAUCUAGCCACUAAAUUGGUUUCCCAUCUUAGAUGGUCAACUCUCUGCUGAAUGAAACACACUGUUGAAGAAGUGUGCAUGCACUUGAAAGCUCAUACCAAAAUAAAAAACUUAGUUGGUCUUUAAGGUGCUGCUG